CCCCUUCCACCCCCUUUGCACACACACGCUCACGCUCUCUUUGCAAAUUGUUGCAGCCCAGCCUUGGUGGCUUUGCAAUCUGCCGCCUGCAACGUGCGUUUGUUGGAAAGCUAGCUAGCUUCCCUCCCCCCAGCCGCCACCGACCGGGCCACGAGCUCUCGGCUCCCACGCGCUGGAUUUCCCCGCAGGAGGCGGAGGAGGAGAAGGCAGGGACUGGGAGCUUUCCUGAAGUGCAAAGCUGCUGCUGCUGCUGCUCCGUGGGGUUGUUUGCAGACAAUGGGGAACUGACACAGCCCCCCUACCCCGAGGAAAUGUGUCUCCUGGAGAUUCCUCGCGGCCUUCGGUCCCCUGGAUCCUGCUGAUUCCGCGUGGAGCUCUGAGCAGCUCGGGCUGUGGUUUUGAUUUGCAAUGUGACCAUGGCAGCCCUGUGUCGGGAUGCUGGCUCAUCACCUGCCCCUCCUAGCCUGUCAACGCCUUGAGCCUCUCAGCCCUGACCAGGGAUCUUCCCCGGGGGAUUCCUUCCUUCCAGCGCCAGGAGAUGGAAGGCAGCCAGUGACCCAGCAGGGCUUGGGGUGGGGGCUAGGACCAGCUUCCCCUCACCCCUCCUAGCCAGACCACCCUCCAUCUGAAUCCCUGAGAGACCGGCUCAGCUGGUGGGAUUGAGCCCUCCGGCCUCUGGACACCUUUCUCCGUGAGGACCCCACCGAGGAGAUGAGAGGGAGAUGAUGAUGAUCGACACGCAGAGCUCCACACAGGAGAUCGGAGAAGAGCUGGGAGACGGCGUGAUCUACAGCAUAUCGCUCCGGAAGGUGCAGCUCCACCACACAGCCAACAAGGGACAGCGAUGGCUUGGGUUCGAGAACGAGUCGGCCUUGAACCUCUACGAGACGUGUAAGGUGCGGACAAUAAAAGCUGGGACCCUGGAGAAGCUGGUGGAGUAUCUGGUCUCAGCCUUCAAAGGCAAUGACUCCACCUACGUCACCAUCUUCCUGUGCACGUACCGGGCCUUUGCCACCACCAAGCAAGUGCUAGACCUGCUGCUCAACAGGUAUGGCAGACUGCAUGUCCAGGUGAAUGGGGACCACGCCAGACAUGCUGUGGAUGAGAGACUGGAGCUGAAAAACACCAUCUCCUCCAUCCUGGGCGCCUGGCUGGACCAGUACUCUGAAGAUUUCCGCAAGCCCCCAGACUUCACCUGCCUCAAGCAGCUCAUCUCCUAUGUGCGCCACAACAUCCCCGGCUCGGACCUGGAGCGGAGAGCACGGAUCCUGCUGGCCCAGUUCCAGCAGCAGGAGCACAGCGAGGCAGAGCCAGAUGCUGUGGACCAGACCAGCUGCACCUUCCAGAUAGUGGAGGAGAAUGGACUGGGGGAGGAGAAGCCAGACUUCCUUGCCUUCUCCCAGGAGAUGGUGGCCGAGCAGUUCACACUGAUGGAUGCUGAACUGUUUAAGAAAGUGGUGCCUUACCACUGCCUGGGCUGCAUCUGGUCCCAGCGGGACAAGAAGGGCAAAGAGCACUUGGCCCCCACCAUCCGUGCCACCGUCUCCCAGUUCAACAGCGUCACCAACUGUGUCAUUGCAACGUGCCUUGGGGACCGCUCCCUCAAACCGCAGCAGAGGGCCAAAGUGGUGGAGCGGUGGAUUGAAGUGGCUCGGGAGUGUCGCAUUCUGAAGAAUUUCUCCUCUCUCCGAGCCAUCCUCUCCGCCCUGCAGUGUAAUGCAGUUCACCGGCUGAAGAAGACCUGGGACGAGGUGUCACGGGAGAGCUUCCGCACUUUCCACGAGCUGUCAGAAAUCUUCUCGGAUGAGAACAACCACUCGCUGAGCCGGGAACUUCUCAUUAAGGAGGGGACAUCCAAAUUCGCCACCCUGGAGAUCAACCCAAAGAGGGCCCAGAAACGGCAGCAGCAGCAGCGGGAGAUGGGCGUGAUGCAGGGCACCAUUCCCUACCUGGGCACCUUCCUCACAGACCUAGUGAUGCUGGAUACCGCCAUGAAAGACUUCCUGGAUGGGGGGCUGAUCAACUUCGAGAAGAGAAGGAAGGAAUUUGAAGUCAUCGCCCAGAUCAAGCUGCUCCAGUCGGCCUGCAACAACUACAGCUUCACGCAGGAGGACAGCUUCGUGGAAUGGUUCCACGGCGUGGAGCGGCUGAGCGAGGCUGAGAGCUAUAGCCUCUCAUGUGAAAUCGAGCCCCUGUCCGAGUCGGCCAGCAACACGCUGAAGGCAAAGAAAAACACGGGCAUCAUCAAGCGAUGGAGCGACCGGCAGGUGCCAAGCACUGAGCCCUGCGCCAGCGGCAGCUCCCAUUCCAAAUCCUUCGACCAGCUCAAGUGCGGGCAGUACCUGUGCAGCGGGGACACGGCCGACUCGGUCAGCGUCACCUCAGCUGGCUCCAGCAGCUCUGACGUGGAGGAGAUCAACAUCAGCUUCAUCCCCGAGUCCCCCGACUGCCAGGAGAAGAAGGUACAGGGCAGCUCGCUGGGCUCUCCUCAUGCCCAGGCGAUCAGGAGCCAGUUCUGGGAAUGCACCUCGCUCUCUUCCCUGGACACGUCAGGGAUCGGCUCUGGCUCCAGCAGUGCCUCCUCCUCCUCGGUUUCCUCCACCCCGGUGACGGCCUCGCGCACCCACAAGCGCUCCGUCUCGGGUAUCUCCAGCUACUCCUCCCUCUCCCUCCCCCUCUACAACCAGCAGAUCGACGACUGUUGCAUCAUCCGGGUCAGCCUGGCCGUGGACAACGGCAACAUGUACAAAAGCAUCCUGGUGACAAGCCAGGAUAAGACCCCUGUGGUGAUUCGCAAGGCUAUGGCCAAACACAACCUGGACGGGGACCGGCCGGAAGACUACGAGCUCGUUCAGAUCAUCUCAGAGGAAAGAGAGCUGAAGAUCCCUGACAACGCCAAUGUCUUCUAUGCCAUGAACUCUGCUGCCAACUACGACUUUGUGCUAAAGAAGAGGGGCUUUUCCAAGGGUGUGAAGAUCAAGCACGGCUCCAGCUCCACCUUGCCCAGGAUGAAGCAGAAGGGCCUGAAGAUUGCCAAGGGCAUCUUCUAGCCAUGGCCUGGCCGUGCCCCUCGCUGACUGGGCUUUGCGGGCAGCCUGCUCUGGGCCCGGCUGCUGGUCUGUCGUAACGUCACCCAGCCUGGGUGAGGGGAGCAAGUCUCGCCUGCGAGGAAGGGUGACACUCUCCUGGAGCUGAAUGCGCGGGUGUGGCUGUGGCCUCUCAGUUGAAGCCCAUGUUCCGAUCGGGUCUCUCUUCUGGGUUUUUAACGCCUUCCAAUGUGCAACGCCGCUGUGGCCAUCAGGUUGCCCAGAGCUGGGACCUGCCUCUCUGCCUUAGGUGCCUUCUGUUAGAGCGGAGGAGAGGAUGACUUGCCAAGGGCUUCCUUCACCUCCCAUAGGAGCGGCCACAUGCAGGGAGUUAAGGGACUCUCAGAGCGAAAGAGCUGAACUAGCAUCUCCUGUGCUGAGUGGGGACCUGCAGCCUCUUUACCUCCAGGUCCCUCGUUCCCCUUCUGGGUAAACUGGCAGUGUGACCAUUUUGCAUCGUCCGCCUGCCCCGGGGGAGCUGCACUUCGCCUCUGGACUGUUCCCCUAGGGGAGUUCAACUGGAAAACGCACAGCUGCUGCUCCCCGGGAUUUAUAAUCCCAUCAGUGGGGCAUUCUUGGUGUGAUGACCUGGCCAGUGGUUUUGGCGGCUCAGCUCUGCAAGGCUGUUUUGUUUUUCCUUUCUACUGAUCCUCUGGAUCCUCCGGGUUGGACUCCUGUGUCCCUCCAGUGCUCCUCAUUUUCAAACCUGCACCAAAGAUCAAAUGCCAGUCUCUCUUCACGGGCAGAAAAUACCCAGGCGGAACUGCCAUCUGAGCCAGGAGGAGAGGAGCCAAUUUCUGUACAGACGUCUGUAAAUAGAGACUUUCUUUUUGGUUGGGUGGGAGAGGAGCAGCCGUGUAGGGCUAACUGCCCUGGGCUCCAUCCACCCAGCCCCCAGAAAGUGCCACUUACCUUGGGCUUUAAAAAGACUUUUUUAAACAUUUGACAGUGAAAUGGGGGGGAGGGGAGAGCAAACUUUUGUAAAAACAAACCCCUGAAUGUUUACUGAAUUUUUUUCACUAUUUAUUGGUUGUAAAUAGGACCCUCAAACUUGUACAUUUUUACUAACCCCUCCCCACCUCCCGCUUGUCUUUAAAGUUGCUGGGAUCCAUCUUUGUAAUGGCUGCGUUCUGUUGUGUGCAGGGUGAGCAUUUUUUCCACAUCCCGUUUGUUCCUAUAUCACUCACCGGGAAUUGCUUCAGCAGGGGAAGGGGAAAAAGCCGAGUUUUUAAAUCCCUGAACCAAACACUCACCAUGGGGGCUCUUUGUUCCUGGACCUCCUCAAGACUUUCCUGUUUAUGCCCCUGCCCAUUGUAGCAAUGCUGGUGUAUCCUGCCCUGCCAGGGCUGGGAGCAGACAGGCCCUUUCCCCAGUGAGCCUGUAGCAGCGCUAGCCCCUUGGAGCUCCGGCUCUUCUGUAGAAGCCUGGUGGAAGUUGCCCCCUGAAGUGCAUGUGCUGUGACUUGAGCCGUGCCGGGAGGAAGGUAGAAGGGAGCAAAGCAGGGGCAGCAUCAAGCUGUGGGGAGUAAGGGGAGGGAUGUUUUUAUCCCAGCACAACUCUCCAACGCAUGCUGACCUUUCACAGGACCUGCCUGCUCUCCUGCCUGCCAGGAGAGACUGCUGGAUGUCUUGAGCUGCUGCUUCUGGGCUGGGUGGUAACUCCAAGCAGGGUCUAGGGCCUGUCACUCUGGAGGGCUAUUGCUUUGGGGUCUGGCCUGGGCACUUUGUUCAUGCAUCUGCAUAGGCCUAAGCUCCAGGAAGUGACCUCUCUACUCUAAGGGCUGCUGGGUGCUCCACCCACCCAUCCUCGCUCCUGCACAUGAAGGGAGCCAUGGCCUCCUUGAAGCAGGAGCCUCUGCUCUCUCCAUGGCUUUGUACUGCAUCUGAGCUGCUCCUGCUACCACCUGUCUGUGGCCCCAUUGCCAAGCACAGCACUUAACAAGCUGGACCUCCUCUGCCGGAGGCUGAAUGAGUGACUGCCCAGCUGUGCUGCAAACUGAACCCCUCCAGCCUGUCCCCUCCUUACCUGAGGAGUAUUGUACCAUGGGAGGCCUGGGCCAUGUUGCCCUGUUGGCUGGGAGGAAGAGAUCCUUUGCCUCCAGGCAAGGACUCUCUGCAGAUCAGCCAGCCUGCAAGCCUAGGGCAUUCCUUUACCCUACACUACACUGGCAGAAAGUGCCUAAAUGCUACCGUCUUGGGGGGUGCCCUGGCUCCAGAGGAUCCUACAGGGUGAACUGUCACUGUGAAACAUUCCCCUUAACUCCCUUGGAGAAUGUGAAUUUGAACACACAUGCACGCAGAUUGACCCCACCCCCACUUCCCUCUCCAUUGUACAGCUGCCUGCUCAGCUUAUGUUCUGCUCUGUGCCUGAACACAGGUGCCCACUGCUGAAAUUAAAGGCAGGGCAGGGUCGACGUACCUGUCUUUCCAGGUGGGCUCAGCACACCCCUGUGUGUAUGUGAUCACUGAAGCUGGAUGUAUUAUAUGUAUGUAUUUUGUAACACGACUUCAAUGAAGGAGCACGCUGAGCGGUGUGACAUGUACACAGCAAUGUAAUUAGUCUUUGGAAUAAAAUACCAACGUGCAAAUGUCACAA